UCGUGUGUAUAGUAGUGUGCAUUGUUUACGUUUUGGUUAACUUUUCAAGUAUAGGGAAUAUUUGAGGUAUUAAGUAGUUAAUAAGCACAGCAGAGCUGGGUCGUCAUUGUGCUUGGAUGCGUGUGAGUAAAGGAAGUGAUGCCAUGACUCAAAGCACCGUGGCUGCCUCAGAGAGAUCACAUGGCAGCAUCCGCACUGUCUCCGAAGAGAAACUUAUGGUGGCGGUGCGCGUGCGCCCGCAGCGAGCAGAUGAAGGUCCCCGCAUCGUGCACGUGGUCAGCGAUAAGAUGCUGGUUUUGGAGGAGGAGGCGGACAGCCGUCGAGAUGUCCUACGUCAGCGCCGGCUUAACGACAAACACUACGUUUAUGACCGAGUCUUUGGCGAAGGCAGCACACAAGAAGACGUAUACGAUGCUGUCUGUGCUCCCCUGGUGGGUGAUACGUUGAAAGGAUUCGCUGGAGCCGUAUUUGCAUAUGGAGCGACUGGAGCUGGCAAAACGUAUACCAUGACUGGCCUGAUGUCUCGAGCUCUAAGUCAUCUCUUUGCCAGCAUCGCUGAGAGUGAACAACCAGAGUCUUAUGAGGUGAAAAUGUCAUACAUUGAGAUUUACAAUGAAAUUAUACGGGACCUGUUGAAUCCGAGUGCUGGGCCCCUAGAGCUCCGAGAUGAGGGUGGUAGCGGAGCCCCUGUAGUCGCUGGCUUGAGUGAGCUGAAGGCAAACAGCGCUGCUCACGUCGCAGAGCUGCUUGCGAGGGGAGACCGUUCCCGCACUGCAGAGCCUACACAUGCAAACCAACAUUCUUCCAGGGGGCAUGCCCUUCUCAGUGUAACAGUCAGUCAACAAGUGGAGAAGGGAACCCAACGUGGUCGUCUUUUCCUCAUCGAUUUGGCGGGCUCGGAGCGAGCCGGUCUUCGUGCGAGACGACUAGAGGGUGCACACAUUAAUCGAUCACUUUUAGCUCUAGGAAACUGCAUCAUGGCUCUUUCGGGUGGUGCAAGGUAUGUGAACUAUCGUGACUCGAAGUUGACACGCCUUCUCCGCGAAGUGCUGGGUGGACGCUGCCGUACCGCCAUGGUGGCGCACGUGGCGCCCGGCGCAGCACAUCGUGACACCACGCGGUCUACCCUUCACUAUGCGCAGAAGGCAUCUUCUAUCACCAAUAAGGUGGAACGUGAAUUGGUAGAAACACCGAUGCCUCUAUCACAGUACCGGACGGUCAUCAACGAACUGCGCGAAGAAAUCGCUCGACUGAAACUUAAGAUGAAGGACGACAGAACAAUUAAACCAGAAUUUGCAAGAGUUCAAGAAGAGGAGAUUAGUAAAGAAGAUGCAGCAGAAAACGCAGCUCAUUUAAAAUCUUUACGGGAAGCCAUUGUGUCUACAUUCAAACAACAAAUGCGCUUACGAAGGAGGUUGAUGGAGCUAGAUAGUCACCUGUUAGGGUUAGCGUUAGAUGCAGAAAGGCAACAUGCUGCCAUCUCGCAUUGGGAGGCGAGGUUCAACCGCCUCUAUAAACCAAUCAACAUGCCUGGCUCCAGAUUAAGCACCCAACAGAGUUACAGGGGCGGCACUGGAUUAUCAUCGAGCAGCAGUGAGCGAGCUGAAGCUGAAGUGGCCGUAGAACAAGCGUGGGCUGAAUUAGCUGCCGUCGAGAGGGAACAGGAGUCAGCUCGAACUGAGAGGGAACGCGUUGAAAGACAGCUAGAACAAGUUCGCUUAAGAGGGGCGCAAUUAGAACAGGAAUUACCAGCUACAAUAAGUAGCGGGCCAGAACGAGAAGUGUUGGCCCUAGUGUGUCGUGUGCAUGAACUGGAAGCCGACAAGUUAGCUCUGCAAGGAGAGCGAGCUGCAAGAGCUCAUGAGCUACGGAGACGGGACCUGGCAUUACAGCGACGAGACGCACAAAGAAGAUUAUCUGAUGAGAUUAUUACGAGACAGAGGCGUGCAUUACAAGACGUAGGCGUUGGCGUGCCGCCUGAGCUGGCCCAGCUGUAUGAGUUGUAUCAACAAGAAAUCCACGCAUCCACCUACACAGAGAGCAAUGAUAUCUUCACCCCUCCUUACCGUCUACCACCUAUAUCAACCAGUAUGUCUGAGCUGACGUGGUCGGAGAGUUCGAGUGGGUCAGGCCGAGGCUCGAGCUCAGGUUCUGGCGGUACGUUGAUGUACGACUACCGUCUACCACGUCUCGCACCUACACCUAGACCUCGGACCAGAUACAGUCAAGCAAGUGCAUCAGCUUUGAAGCGUUAUGCGAGUGACGAGAGCCUGGUGACAGCAGUACAUCGUGGAGACGACGAGCCAGCACCCUGACUUCCUCUUCAGCUACAGCCUGGUCUAGUUUCGUGUGAUCUUUAGUGAUCUUUCGCCAGAAAUUCGUGGCACUGUUUUAUGGGCAUUUUUCUGAAGCCAAAGUUGACUACUUGAGCUUGAAGGAUAAAAGUAAAAAGUAUAUUUAUCGUAUUCAUUUAUUUAGGGCCUGUGUAAACGAGGGACUUUUGUCUACUAAGGAUGAAAAUGAGUAAGGAUUGUGAAAAAGAUCCACCGAGUACUUUACGAAAUCGCAUGAAGAGGAACCCUCUUCAUGCAAUAUUAGUUCUGUUAAUAAGUUAUUCGGUAUAUUAUGUAAUGUCAAAUAUAUAGUUGACAAAGAUGUUCCCAAUGGAUAGUCGCAGUCUCUCGUUAUCGCAGGCCUUCAGUAUUCUUUUAGUUGGUUUAGUUCAUUGAUACUUGAUUUUGGCUUUAAUAUGUCAUUUACGGAAGUAGACAUUUUGUGAUUGGUCUAUCAUGUGGUACCUAACUACACAAGUUGAUGUUGCGUUUAGAUCACUUUAGUGGUGUUGUGGGUUUAUCGUGGUCGGUUUGUUCUCUUCGAACUUGUUUUUCAAGUAAGAUAUUGUGAGUUUGUUUUGUAAAAUAUUCAAUAAAUAUAGCCACUUGUUUGGUA